AUCAGAAUUGUAAUAAAUAUCUUUUGGACAAAAUAUAGCUGUUGCCCCCUGAAAUUUGUAAAAAAAAUUAAGGAAACAGUAGGAGUGGCAGUGGCACAUAUUUUUUUAUAGCAAAGCCAAAGCGAUCAUCAUGGUUGACUUAUGUCAGUGGAGAGCUGCCAUUGGUCUAUGGAAUUGCUCUCGUGUCAGUUUUAGAGGAGUGCCACAGCAUUUAUUUCGGACUCGAGACUAUUGUUGUGAAGUAGUACCUCAAAAACACAAUUGUACAGAUACAGAUCAUGAUACUAUGACCAGAUCCAGUUCGGCUGCUGCUCAAGAUAACAUUCUUCAUCAUAAAGUUUCUGCUACUGGUGAAGUUGCCACUAUUAUCAGUUGGGCUUGGUCUUUAUUCUCUACUCCUGAAACUGUUUGCUUUCUAUUCUACCUCUUCCUGCAUAUCCUUCUCCUCCUAUCAGGAGAUGUUGAACUCAAUCCUGGACCAACCUCUGAAACAAAAGAAGUUAUUCGAAAAAAGAUAGAAGCCAGUCUGCGAAGUAAGUAUGCUGAUCUUGAGCUUGCUACAAGAGGUUGUAUUGGUGAGAUAAGAUCACAGCUCUAUGCAAAAGAAUUGAUAGCAGAUGCAUUGAGGGACUCUGGCACUUAUGCCCAAAUAAGUGACGAUAUCAAAGCUGGGAUGGGUGUGGAUGAAAGUAUUGAGCAGUUGACGAAGCGUUACAAGGAUUUCUUGAACUCCCUUUCCUCUCAAGGGGGGCCCUGUAAAGUUGCAGCUGAUCAGUUAAAUGAAGAGCUGGAAGAAAUUUUAAAACUUGAAGAAUCACAAAUUAAACAUUCAGUCUCUUUAGAAGAGGAAGAACAAGUAAUCCCAAAAGUCCCAGAGCCACAUCAAGAGUUUAAAUUGGACCCUGAAGCUGAGAAAACUAUUUUAAAAUCUAUUCAGGAGUUAAGUAGCUCUUUUACUGCCUUAUUACGAAACCUAAAGAAUGAUUUGGAAAAGGUUGGUGUUGCUGAUGUAGUGGAAUAUUUGGAAGAGAAUGGUUUAGACUACCUUCCACUUGAAGACCUAAAGACAGCUAAUAACUUCAAGGAUUUGAUUAGAAAAGUUAACACACAUUAUGAUUUCUUAGACUGCUCUCUUCUUCGGUUAAUAGCUAAGGAGUUUGCAACAAAGGCUUUAUUUGAAAAAUUUGAAGAGCAUUCAAAGAAUGCUGCAAAGUUUCGGGAAUCACAUACAGUUGAUGACCUUAAAGACAACUUAACAGAGAUUUUUAAUCCGUACCUUGAUGAUUUUGAAAAAGGGCCCAUAGCAUAUAUAAAUCUUAAUAAGGCCUGGGAUUCAGUUCCAUUGAGUAGACUCCCUACUCUCAUUGGAUGCUUCUUUCCUGACAUCAGCACAAAAUCCCUAACAAAACACAUUCGAAUUAAGUGCAGAUCUGUUCACAUCACAUACUACAUGACUGAAUCACUAGAUCAAAUACAGCAGAUAAUAGCCUGUGCACGUGAGAGGGUGGACUUUAUGAAGCAUAUUGGUCUCUACCAUCUUGCUAUUAAUGGGGAAGUUAUUUUAGAUGAAGCCAAGAAGAAUGAUUUUAAAUUUGAGUCGGCAUUACAAGAAGCAGCAAAGGUAGGUGAUAGUGAAGCAGUGGAAGUACUCCUUCAAAUAGGAGGAGGUACUGAUGUGUUGGGGGACAUUUCUAAGGCUUUAUUUCAUACUUCUAGUAAUAAUCACUAUCGAGUCGUUAAGCUCUUCCUUAAUGAAGGUGCUAAUCCAAAUGUUAGAGACACUGAUGGGGAACCAGCAAUACAUGCAGCUAGUAGGAAAGGUCAUCAUAAAAUAGUCGAGUUACUUCUUAAGGAGAACGCUGAUCCAGAUGCACAAUAUCAAAUUAAUGAAGAAAGCAUAGGCACCUCUCCUCUUGCCACCCUAUUUAUUGAAUUAUUUUCUAUGAUAAUUGGCAAGACAGCACUAAUGGCAGCUAGUACAGAUAAUCAUUAUCAAGUAGUUGAAUUACUACUUAAAGCAAAUGCUGAUCCUAAUAUUCAAAAGAAGGAUGGCCAAACAGCAUUAAUGCUAGCAAGUCAAAGUGGUCAUACUGAAAGUAUUGAGUUACUCCUUAAGGCAGGUGCUGAUCCUGACAUUAAAGAAGAAGAUGGCUGGACAGCACUCAUGACAGCUUGUCAAGGUGGCCAUACAAAAGUGGUUGAGUUACUCCUUAAUGCAAACGCUAAUCUUAAUAUGACACAAGGAGAUGGUGCAACAGCACUCAUGAUAGCCAGUCAAAAUGGUUUUCUAGAAUUGGUCAAAUUACUCCUAACAAAAGAUGUUGAUCCUAACAUUCAAGCUAAUAAUGGUACAACAGCAUUAAUGCAAGCCAGUUACCAUGGUCAUCACAGCAUUGUCGAACUACUCCUUGAUAAAGAAGCAAAUCCUAACAUUCAGCAGCUAGGUAAUGGAAGAAAUGCACUCAUGUUAGCUAGCCAAAGAGGUCAUUAUCAUGUGGUUGAAUUGCUUCUUCAACAAAAUUCAACCAAUCCUAAUAUUCAGAAAAAUGAUGCAUGGACUGCACUCAUGCUAGCUUGUCAAGGUAGCCACUAUCAAGUGGUUGAAUUGCUCCUUAAAGCAGGUGCUGAUCCUAAUAUUAAAGAAGAGGAUGGAUGGACAGCACUCAUGAUAGCAAGUCAAGGUGGCUACUAUCAAGCAGUCCAGUUACUCCUUAAUGCAAAUGCUGAUCCUAAUAUUGUAAGUGAUAACGGGUGUACUGCUAUUGUAAUAGCAAGUCAAAAUGGUCACCUCCAAGUAGUAAAGCUGCUCUUCACAAACAAUGCUGACCCUACCAUUCAAAAAGGAGGAAGAACAGCACUUGUUAUGGCUAGUUUAAAUGAUCGGAAAGAUAUAAUUGAGUUUCUCAUCAAAGAACAGGAGGAUCAUGGUUUCACAACCUUAAUGACUGCAAUUCACAGUGAAAUCAUUGAAUUAGUACUUUCCUUGCUAUCAGCUGGAAUUAUGACGUACAUAGAUGAAGAUCACAUUCAAGCAGCAAUACAUUUUUCAAAAACGGAGUCUGAAGUUGAUAAUCAAAUAACAGAGCUCCUACAUUAUUAUGCAGAAUAUGUCCAUGGAAUGAAGUUAUCUGAGAGUCAAUUCAAAGUCAUUAUAAGCAAUGAGAUGAAGCAAAAAGUUAAUCAAAGUAGCUACCAUUUAGACAGUAACAUUAGAAUGGCCUCUCAUUUAGCACAGGACCCAGAUGAACACCCACUGCUGCGAUAUGCAGCACCACUUGAUAAGCAUUCCAGUGAUCCACAUGCAGUGGAGGAACAAGAUGCUACAGAGAAAUUCAAGGCUGCAGCACAGAGAAAACUGGGUCAGUGACAUUUUGACUCAAAUUUAAAUGUUUACCAAUAAGACGUAUCUUUGUUUUUAUAGUCUGUUUUGUAGCCUAGUAAGUUUAGUAGUGUGUUAAAAAACUUACUACUUCUAAUUAUUAUUGAUUUAAUGUAACAAAAAUGUUUAUGGUGUCAAGAUGUUUA